AUGUUUAAUUAACUUAUUAAAACAUAGAGGUUUUCUGUCAAAAUCAUAAAAGAAAAUAUUGUCAAAUUAGUUGAUGUUGAUGCUAUUGUAAAUGCAGCAAACUAAGAAUUACUUCCUGGAGGUGGAGUUUGUGGUGCAAUAUUCUAAGCAGCUGGAAGAGAAUUAGAAAGGGAAUGUUAAUAAUACAUUUAACAAUAUGGUAUUGUACCCACAUCAAAAUUGGCUGUUACAAGUAGUUGCUAACUUAAAAAAAAUAACAUAAAAUAUAUAAUUCAUGCAGUAGGGCCAAAAUAUUUUGAAUCUUAAAGUCCAGAAGAGGAAUUGUAAAUAUGUGUAUAGAAUAUGUAUUUUUAUUUACAUAAUUAUUAAACUAGACUAAAUCAAUCAUUCAAUCAAUUGGGAUUGAAGUCAGUUGCAAUUCCAGCUAUUUCUAGUGGAAUUUAUGGUUUUCCAAAAGGAUUGUGUGCAUAAAUAUUUAAGUUUGUAAUUGAAGAAUAUGAAAAGGAAACAUCUAAUAAUUAGGGUGAGAUCAUUUUAUGUAAUUUUGAUUAAGAAACAACAACAAUAUUUCAAAAAGUAUUUUAGUAAUAAAACUCAUUUUGA